GGCAAGUACCGGGUUGAUGACGUCUUGCGAUCGCCCCGCCCUCCAAGUGACGCAGAAUCAAGGCGCCGCCCCACCUGGCCAGCCUAGGUUUUGAAACCAACUUACAUACACAUGAGGAGUGACUCCAUACCAACCACGAUAUGUCAAGAAAGAAAAAAAGACCCAGUAGAAAUGUUUCAUUCUGGACAGCUGGUAAAAGUCUGUGCCCCGAUGGUUCGAUAUUCAAAUCUUUUGAAGCUUCUCCUUUCCUGUUCCUUCAUAAGAGAGAAGAUUUAUGUGAGGCCCUUUUCAUCCUCAUUCACUGCAGAUUCCAGGUUGGCUUUUAGAACAUUAGUAAGAAAAUACUCUUGUGACCUAUGUUAUACACCAAUGAUAGUGGCCGCUGAUUUUGUCAGAUCUGUAAAAGCCAGAGACAGUGAAUUCACCACAAACCAAGGUGAUUGCCCGUUGAUUGUUCAGUUUGCUGCUAAUGAUGCAAGACUUUUAUCCGAUGCUGCUCUGAUAGUCUGCCCCUAUGCAAAUGGAAUAGAUAUUAACUGUGGUUGCCCUCAGAGGUGGGCCAUGGCAGACGGUUAUGGAGCUUGCUUGAUCAACAAGCCAGAGCUCGUUCUCGAUAUGGUGAGACAAGUGAGAAAUAGAGUGGAAAACCCAAGGUUUUCAGUUUCCAUUAAGAUAAGGAUCCAUGAUGACCUGGCAAGAACCAUAGAUCUUUGCCGAAAGGUUGAAGCCACAGGAGUGUCCUGGAUUACAGUCCAUGGAAGAACAGUUGAAGAAAGACACCAACCAGUCCACUAUGAUGCCAUUAAAAUGAUAAAGGAAAAUGUGUCUAUACCCAUAGUUGCUAACGGAGACAUAAGAAGCUUGAAAGAAGCAGAAAAUGUGUGGCAGAUGACUGGGACAGAUGGUGUGAUGGUUGCAAGAGGACUUUUAGCAAACCCAGCUAUGUUUGCUGGGUAUGAAGAAACCCCACUGAAAUGUGUCUGGGACUGGGUUGACAUCGCUCUUGAACUUGGAACUCCUUUCAUGUGUUUCCAUCAGCAUCUAAUGUACAUGAUGGAAAAGAUAACAUCAAGGCAGGAAAAGAGAGUGUUUAAUGCUUUGUCAAGCACAUCAGCAGUCCUGGACUACCUUACAGACCAUUAUGGUGAUGAUUCAACUUUCUAAGUCAUUGUAGUAUGCAUUUCUUACCUACAUGGAACCAGAUGAGGUUACAUCCUCAUAUUUCUUUUAAGUCUAUGGCUUUUAAUAUCAGUACAACAGCAAUCACUGGGGCCAGACACCACGGCCCAUGUCUCUUAUCCAACUACUCAGAAAGCUGAACGAAGAUGUUUGGAAAUUCUAAGCCAGCAAAACUCUAUCUGAAAGAACAAAUGGAACUUUUCCAUAACUGUAAGAAAUCAGUCCUGGGGCUGUAGAGAUGGCUCACCAGUUAAAGCUUUGGCUGCUCUUCCAGAGGACCUGAAUCCAAUUUCCAGCUCCCAAGUCGCUGCUCACUACUGUCUGUAACUCCAUUUCCAGGGGAUCCCACAUGCUCUUCAGGCCUCCUCAGGACACCAGCUAAGCAUAUGGUGUACAGACAAACAUGCAAGCAGAACAUUCAUACACAUAAAACUAACAACAACAAAGUCAGCCCUAUACCCUUCCUCAUGGGUUCCACUUCAGUAGAUCGUGAGCAGACCCAGAAGUUUUAAAGAACUCAGGACUUUCCAACAUCCAAUAGUCCCAGAUCAAAUAUUGGAAAACUCUGCUUCUAAUCUUUAUGGGUGUAGUGGAUGGGUGGGGGUGGUAGUUUUACUAAAGGUAUUCUGUUUUUAAGUGUUUUAAAUAAAACUUUUCUAACAGCAA